AUGAAAUUCUUUGUCCUCACAGUCCUCGUCGGGUCCGCUUUCGGCGGUCCCACACUGUCAGUUCGUCAAAAUGCCACAUGUGACAUGGAAAAAGUUACACAACUUGCGGGCGGCAUUCAAGCGAAUUUAUUUGUACAGCAACAGGAACUUGCUGGUAUCAAAUGCUUACAGAAGCUUGAGCCGAAUCAGGCAUCCAGCCAGUUCCCGGAGGAGCGACAGAGGGUCCUUGCGAUCCAGCAACUUGGUAUCAACAUCCGCGCUCAGAACCAAAACCUCGCAAAAGAUAUCAAUAGUCCCGCAAUAGAUGGAUUGAACGUUGUGGAGGGGGCCCAGAUUACAGAGAUGCGACAGGUGAUGGGUCUUACUGGAGACGGGGAAAAAGAUAAGGACGUUUUGGAGACUUUAGUGAAGGAAGUAGAAGAUGGGACGAAGCAGAAUGAAGCCAACUUGGCUGCAGCGCAGGGACAGUGCAAGUCCGAGUAG